UUUAUACUUUGGACAUGUACGCACGUGGCGAUACCACAUAUGGAUAGACACAGAUAUUCCGCAUCUGUUACAUUCUCCUGUUGUCCCUCGUGAGAUGGUAAAUUUCCACAUUACAGGGAGGUCUGAAGAGUCUUCAGCUGACAGCAGCUCCGGGAUACAAAGAUGAUGCUCAUCUGGACCAUUGGUAUUUUCUUCUUUGCCGCUGUAAAAGGCGGUGAGGUUUGUUAUAACAGACUCGGUUGCUUCUCUGAUGCUAAACCAUGGGCUGGUACCGUAGAGAGACCCAUCACCAAAUUACCGUGGGCCCCAGAGAAGAUUAACACCCGUUUUCUUCUUUACACCAGGAGUAACCAGAACAGUUACCAGGCCAUUAGCGCCACCAACCCCUCCACCAUCUCCUCCUCCAACUUCCGAACUUCCAGGAAAACCCGUUUUGUGAUCCACGGCUUCACCGACAGCGGAGAGUCCAGCUGGCUGUCCGACAUUUGCAGGAAACUGUUCCAGAUUGAGGAUUCCAAUUGUAUCUGCGUGGACUGGAGCGGAGGAUCCCGCACUCUCUAUUCUCAGGCUUCUAACAACAUUCGCGUCGUGGGCGCAGAAAUCGCUUAUUUCUUGAACGUCCUUCAGAAUAACUUUGGCUAUUCUCCCGGCAAUGUCCACCUGAUCGGCCACAGCCUGGGCGCCCACACCGCCGGGGAGGCUGGAAAGAGGAAGAGGGGCAUCAGCAGGAUUUCAGGCUUGGACCCCGCUGAACCCUACUUUCAGAACACCGCCACCGAAGUUAGGCUGGACCCAACCGAUGCCAAUCUCGUCGAUGUCAUUCACACAGAUUCCGGCCCUCUGGUUCCCAGCCUGGGCUUUGGAAUGAGCCAGUUGGUCGGUCACCUGGACUUUCCCAAUGGCGGCAUCCACAUGCCCGGGUGUCCUCAGAACAUCCAGAUCCCCAAUGUCAAUGUGGAAGAUAUCUGGAAUGGAGUCGUGAACUUUGUGACCUGUAACCACAUGAGAGCCAUCAAGUAUUACACCGACAGCAUCACCAACUCCAACACCUUUGUGAGCUACCCCUGCUCCAACUGAACAACUACAAGGCCGGCAGCUGCAAAUCUUGCCCAAGUGCCGGAUGUCCAAAGAUGGGUCACUAUGCCGAUACUUACCGUGGUGUCACCUCCUCCAGCCAAGUCUUCUAUCUGACCACCCCAUAAUCCAUCACAACAUGACCAAUGGUUUUGACCUUUUUUGGACUUUCAUUCGGCUGCAGUGUUAUGAUAUCUGGGAUCAUGUAACAUAAAAUAAUAAAAGUUUUCUUACCCAUCA